AUGAACCAGUACGUCGAGGAACGCUGCAUCGGCCGCGGGAGCUACGGCUGCGCGUACUUGGUCACGGAGGCGAGCACCGGCGACAAGUACGUCGUCAAGAAGAUCCCGGUCGAGCUCAUGACGGACAAGGAGAAGCAGCAAGCGUUCGCCGAGGUCGACCUUCUCGCGCAGCUGGACUCGCCGUUCGUCGUGCAGUACAGAGAGAGCUUUGUCGAGGGUAGCGUCCUGCACAUUGUCAUGGGCUACUGCGAUGGUGGCGACCUCGCUGGCUGCAUCAAGGCGCAGCCAGAAUGCGGCGGCUACUUUGACCUCUCGCGCGUCCUCGACUGGUUCGUGCAGAUGGCCUGCGCGAUCAAGUAUCUGCACCAACGCCGGAUACUGCACCGCGACCUCAAGACGAGCAACAUCUUUCUCACGCGAAAAGACAUUGUCAAGCUCGGCGAUUUUGGCAUCGCGCGCACGCUCAACUCGACGAUGGACCAAGCCAAGACCGUCGUCGGGACACCAUACUACAUGAGCCCCGAGGUGUGCGAGUCCAAGCCUUACUCGUACGCAAGCGACAUUUGGGCGCUCGGCUGCGUCCUCUACGAGAUUUGCACGCUCAAGCAUGCCUUCGAUGCCCCUAAUAUCCUCAUGCUCAUCGUCAAAAUCAUCCAGCACGACUUUGCCCCGCUGCCAGCGUGCUACCCACCCGAAAUAUCGGACCUCCUAAAGGCGCUUCUGGACAAGAACCCUGACCGUCGGCCGACGAUUGAUGAUAUUUUGCGCGCGCCGUUGAUCGUGCAGCACAUGCAGCAGCUCCACGCCAAGGGUGGACACCUCAGUGAGCAUUUUGUACGCGAAGCCAAGAUCACACCACUGGUCGCACCGCCGUCAGUCGUUGAAAUCUUCGAGUACUCGUACGACGACGACGAUGACAGCAGCAGGUGGCAGGUGGCCACUCCCACGCAAACGGUGGUGCCGGCGACAACAGGCUGGGUCCACGCCGACGGAGACGAGGUCGAGGAGCGCAUCGAGACGGAAGAGCUGCUCAAACCUAACUACGCGACCGAGUACACGCAAGAGUGCUUGGCGAGCAAGCACAUCAACUACGGCCGCAAGGUGGUUCGGCGAAAGGCGCUUACAAUCGACCAAAAAGUGAACCUCAAGUCGAUCCAUUACAUGAGCAAGCUCCAUCUUGAUGCGGAGCUCGCGCUCGGCGUCUCGGACGAUGACGAUGAGGCUGCGGUGGCGCCCGUGGGGCCCAAGCGAGGCAAAGCCGUCGCAGCAGCUGUCGAGCCAGACGACAACAUUUCGUACAGCGGGAGCUCCAAUUACGACUCGGGCGACGACGACGACCACUACACAAGCAUGAGUGAGUACGAGGCCGAGGAAAACUUUUACAGCGACGACUCGGACUUUGACGACGACGGACCGCCGCGCACUGAGCUCUUCGCGUACAGCGAAGACUUUGAAGACACGGAGGCCGAGGUAAUCGAGUACGCCCAGGACGAAGUCGACGACGGCGCGUCCAUCUCGAGUGACUCUGAGGACAUUAUUGUCCUGCCCCACGACCCAAAGCAGCUCCUCCUUGAAAGCUACACGGGGGAAGAGGUCGCGAUCGUCCGACGACCAAGCGGUCGACGCGCAUCAAAAGAAAACCUCCGAGACGCCGUGUGCGCGACGUAG